AUUUUGGGCACUUUUGUGGAAAUAUUUUGUAAAUAAAUCAACAUAAUUAAUUUUGCACUACUAGAAACGAAAACUUGUGGAAUUAUCUGCGGCUCUAAUAUAUUAUUAUAUCGCUUGAUGUGCUGUAUUAUUGGAGAAAGCUGUUUUAAAGAGUGUCGAUUUGUUUUCAACCGUGGCGACUUGUGAGACUUCGGUCGGAGAUAUUUGACAACUUAAAAUGGCGGCCCCUUUUGAACUCAAAAAUCAUUUUUAUUGUAUUAAUUUGAUGCUUUUGAGUGUAAAUCCUGCAGUGCAAUCAGUAAUAAUUUACGUUAUGAAAUAAGACUAAAGUGGUUUAAACAUGGAUCACAACUUGGAUGACUCUUUAAACUUGGAAGGUGCUAUGGAGAGUAUGGAUUUUGAUAAUUCCGGAGUGGUGGUAAAUCAGGCAGAUAUCACACUGGAGACAAGUGAACAUGAAGGAGAGAUCCCUAUGGAGUUCGAGGAGCAGCAAAUGUUAAUGGACACUGGAAGUGAAGAAAUUAUUGUUACAGAUUUUAUGGGUGAACAGUUCUCACUGCAAGAGUAUUCAGUGCAAGAUGAACAGACAAUUGAUUCAAACGUGACUGUUGAACUAAAUCAAAUAGGUGCGAUGACCCUCACAAUCAGAGACAAUGAUAGAUUUACAACUCGAGGCUGACUCUAUUCCACAAAGCAUCAGGCAAGCAACUGCUGUUCAGCCCAAAUUUGUAUCUGUGAAGGCUCCAGCAUCUGUCCGGACAGUAAAGAAGGCCGAGGCUGCAGCGGUGCCGCGGCAAGUGGCGAUAGCCCCGAAGCCCCCGAAGUUAGUACAGACGCAGAAAGCGACGUUCUCGUCGGGGAAGCAGUACGCGAUCGCGCCCAAGCCUGUGGCGCUCGUCAUGAACAAAAGCUUGAAGAAGGUGUCCUUAACUGGUGUGCAGGGAGUCAAGGGAAACUCUGUUAUAAGAACCCCAGUAAACAAACAGUUUGUUAUGCUCCCAACAGACGGCUCUCAGAAAAUAAAACUGAUGUCUGCCAGAACAGGUACCACGCUGCAGUGCGUUCCUUCUAGUUCGGAUCACGCACAGUUAAUACCGAAUAAGACUUUAGGUGCAACACAAAUUGCUAAGCCCAUUGUGGGAAAAGUCAUUGUGCAAGGUGGAACGACCCCGGACGCGAACAACCAGCCCGCCGUGAUACGGAAGUUGCUGCCGGCAGGCAAUGCCGCCACGCGCUACGUCAUGCAACCUAAAACUGUGCCCAUAUACAUUGGCGGCAACAAGGUUCUACUGGCUUCCCCCACGAAACAAGGAGUGAAACUUGGAAACAAGAAGCAACAAAUUAUAGCCAUCAAAUCGUCGCCGCAGAAAGUAAUGCCAGUCACUACACAAGCUAACACAGCCAAGAAAGUAGUUAUCACAGCGAAUCCAAAUAACGUUAUAUUGAAGACCACGGCGCCGCCAAAAGGACCUACGGUGUCAAAAGAUGGAAACAUUGUAUUGCAAGGACAACGCACACAACUUCAUCAAAUAAAUGUACCAGGGAAAGGGAUCCAGUACAUUCGCUUGAUAACGAACUCCGCGACGACUCCGUCUUCAGCAGCGAGUGCGUCGAGUGGGUCGAGUGUGCCUGCGCCGGCGCCGAAGCCCGGCUCAUGGGGUCCGCCCCUGGCACCCGCCAAAAGCUUUGUACUUACCGACACUAAGGGUAAUUUAAUUCAAAUGACGGCAGAAAAAAUGGUCGCCGGCCAACCGCCGCCUUUAGUUAUCACCGGAAACGUCGGUACGGCCGUACCAUCAAAGCAGGAGAGGAAACUCGUGAGGAUAGCGCCGGUCACCAGCAAAACCGGACAGCUCGUGACGACUGCAGUGCGAUCAUCACAAAGCCUGUUAGCGCCAGUGUUGCCAUCGAAAACUGAAGAACAGGAAGAGGAAAUACCGGAGCACACGGAAGAAGAACAGAUUGAGGAGGAAGUGGAGGACAUACUCGAGGAACAGACGGAUGAUAUGUUACACGCGAUCGACAUCAAAUACGAGAGAAUGCAGAGUCCCGUCAUAGAAGAAACUGCCCAGAGUAUGGAAAGUAACGAUAAUAAUAAAGAGGAGGAACACCCGCUCAUUGUGAUACCCUCCACAUUCAGACAAAUCCAAACCCAAUACAAAGAUUACACAGACAGUAGUAAACGAAAGGAGAAUAUUAUAUCGUAUUCCGAUGAUGACUCGAGGCAUUUAUUGGAAGAAUCAAAUUCCUUAACCAACAUGGUGAAUGUGGACGCCGAGAUAGUACCGUAUCAGUCGCCGCAGACACCACAAGCUCUUUCGGAGAGUGAUUUGGUGACAUCAGACCUCGGAUUGCGGCCGCGCAAGGCGUGCAACUGCACGAAGUCUCAAUGCCUCAAGUUGUACUGUGACUGCUUCGCCAACGGGGAGUUUUGCAACCACUGUAAUUGCAACAACUGCCACAACAACCUUGAGAAUGAGGAGUUGCGACAGAAGGCCAUCAGAGCAUGCCUUGACAGAAACCCUAAUGCUUUCAGGCCAAAAAUUGGUAAAGCGAAGAGCGGCGGUCCGGAAAUUAUCCGACGACACAACAAAGGAUGCAACUGUAAAAGAAGUGGCUGUCUCAAGAAUUACUGCGAAUGUUAUGAAGCAAAAAUCGCGUGCACAGCAAUGUGUAAGUGCGUGGGAUGUCGGAAUGUGGAGGAAACGCUGGAGAGGAGACGCAGCAUGCAGCUGAGGGAAAAACUUGCAGACUCGUCAUUUAGACCACCCACUCUUGGACAAGUCAACAGGCAGCCGUGUAGCUUCAUGACGACGGAGGUGAUAGAGGCGGUGUGCCAGUGCCUGGUGGCGGCGGCGGUGGAGAGCGGCGCGGAGGCGGAAGCGAGCGCGGAGGCGGACGCGGACGCGGAAGCGGAGGAUGAUCCCGACCCCAUGCGCGACGUCAUCGAGGAGUUCGCGCGAUGCCUGCAGGAGAUCAUCGGCGCCUCGCAUCACGCCGGACCGCAGGAGGGACAUGCGUGACAACCACGAAAUUAAUCCGCCGUCAAGACAGAGGUGUAUCAUUAGUAUACAGUAUAAUCUGGCAUUAUUCCACAUAUUAUUUGCUUAGGUUUUGACUUCUCAUAAAAUACGUAUCUUCUUCAUAGUGAAGAAUGUACAGUUAAUUUUUAACAUGUAAUGCUAUUAUGAAAAUGUGAUAGAAAUAGCAUAGCAGCAAAGGAAAUAUUAAACUGUCGCUUAUCUCAA